CACAAAUAUGUACGUGGUGUUUUGUUGUUAUUGUUGAAUACACUUUAUUUAUUAUCCACCUACUAAUACGCUUUAUAUUAAAAUGUUAGUGCAGUGUAAAGUGCCCACCUGUUAACCUAUUAAUCCAGAUCAAAGGCAAAGCAAGCUGUUUAUAUUACGGCCCGGAAAUGCCAUGGGAAUUCCUGAAAAAAUGUGACAGGCAAAAGGCGGAAGUAAGAGGAGAGAAGGAAGAACAAGAGCCAGUACCAGGAAAUCCCCACUUUCAAGUUCAAUUCCAUGUCACCAGCUGUCGCUUUGCGUUUCUGGCCUUUUUGGCCGGAAGCUUCCUCGCAUUCUCCCUGCAUGCCCUUAUCUCCUCGAAUCUUUUUUGGCGACUCCGACAAUUGCAUCAUCUGCCCACUGCCCAUUAUCUUCAGACACGAGACGAGUUUGCCGUUUAUUCGGUAGAUGAACUAAACGCCUUCAAGGAGUUCUAUGACAAAAGCACAGCCGAUAGUGUCGGAGCCACUUACACGGAAGCGGAGGAGACUAACAUCAAGGAGGCGCUAAGCUCGCUGCGUUUGGCGCAGGACAUGUAUAUGGCUGGCAAGGAUGACAAGGCCGCACGAUUAUUUGAACAUGCUCUGGCCCUGGCACCGCGUCAUCCCGAGGUCCUGUUGCGUUAUGGAGAAUUCUUGGAGCACAACCAGCGAAACAUUGUGCUCGCAGAUCAAUAUUAUUUCCAAGCCCUCACAAUCAAUCCCAGCCAUAGCGAGGCUUUGGCUAAUCGACAGCGCACAGCUGAUGUAGUACAAACAUUGGAUGAACGUCGUCUGGCAUCGUUGGACGCAAAACGAGCUGCUCUCUCGGCCAUACAUGAGGCUAAUUCCGCACUUAGACGUGCCAAGAAGGAGGCUUACUUUCAGCAUAUUUAUCACUCAGUGGGCAUUGAGGGAAACACCAUGACAUUGGCUCAAACAAGAUCAAUACUCGAGACUCGGAUGGCUGUGGAUGGCAAGUCCAUAGAUGAGCAUAAUGAAAUUCUGGGCAUGGAUUUGGCCAUGAAAUAUAUUAAUGCUAGUUUAGUGCAAAAAUUAGAGAUAACAAUUAAAGACAUUUUGGAGCUUCAUCGUCGUGUAUUGGGUCAUGUGGAUCCCAUAGAAGGUGGCGAGUUCAGGAGAAAUCAGGUUUAUGUAGGCGGUCAUGUGCCACCAGGUCCAGGGGACUUGGCUGUGUUGAUGCAACGUUUCGAAGACUGGUUAAAUUCUGAAUAUUCCAGCUCGCUGCAUCCUGUUAACUAUGCGGCAUUGGCCCACUAUAAACUGGUUCACAUACAUCCUUUCAUUGAUGGCAAUGGUCGCACUUCUCGCCUUCUGAUGAACACCCUAUUGAUGCGAGCUGGUUAUCCACCUGUCAUAAUACCCAAACAACAACGUAGCAAAUACUAUCAUUUCCUUAAAUUAGCCAAUGAGGGAGAUAUUCGUCCAUUUGUUCGGUUCAUCGCUGAUUGCACAGAGAAGACACUCGAUUUGUAUUUGUGGGCCACCAGCGAUCUUCCCCAACAGAUUCCCAUGCUGAUACAGACCGAAACCGAAGCUGGUGAGCAAUUGGUCAAGUUGCAAUCUCCCCAAAUGGCUUCCAUUCCCGAAUCAUUCUAUGAAUCUGGUUCUGGUGCUCUACCCUGACCCAUUGACCUUCGGUUCAUUGUGAAUUUAGGAAAUUGUUUUUUGUUUUACAUAUUUAUUUGGUAGUUAAAUGUUUAAAAAUUGUGUUUAUUCCGUAAUUUAUUGAAAUGGAUGUUUAUUCAGACUGUGAUCGUAAUUAAGCCUAAAGAUUUAACCAAAAACAAAGAAACACACAAAAAUGUAUUGUAAAAA